GUUAAUGAAUAAAGGUUUAUAUUUUGUAUAAUAUAUAAAAAAAAUAAUAAUUAAAGAGAAUUUACGUAUCUUGUAGGUUUUUUAACAGUUGAAUAAGAAGCUCGAGUUCAUAUCAUCAUUAAAUAAUAAAGUAACAGUUUUCUGUAUUCUAUUGUUUAAUGUGAGUAAAUUUUUAAUGUUAUGGAUAGUUUCCCACCAGCCAACUGUCGUUUACAAAUACUGAUAGAUGAUCCUUGGCGUCAAGAAAACUUAUCAUUUGACGAAAUAGUGGUUCCCAUCAAAGAACUACCUGAUCCCGAGGCGGACGCCACUGAUGCACAUUUGACACUUACUCAACAGGACACAAAGUGGACUGAUUUAGCUCUUACUAACAUACUUAGUGACAAUCCAUUGCCUCCACCGCCCCGAGUUUGACACAUUUAUCAUGGAGUUUCCAGAUUUUGGUAAACAGUGUGGUAACAAGGACUGUAAACAAUUAGAUUUUUUGCCAGUCAAAUGUGAUAAUUGUCAUGCUGUAUUUUGUAAAGACCAUUCAAGAUUUGAUAGUCAUCAAUGUGUUCCCAUAGAAUCUACUAAUGAUUUAAAACCGAAGCUGGAAACAGUUUGGUUUGAAUGCUCACAUGAUAGUUGUACGUUAAAAAAUCCCUGUGAAAUGUUAUGCCCAAAAUGUAAUAAACAUUACUGUCUGGCGCAUAGACAUCAUGGUUGUCUUGACGAACUGCCAGGGAAAGAGGCUAGAAAAGUUUUAAGAGAAGCAGCUAAGAAAUCUAAAGACCAAUUUGCAUUAGCUAAAGAAGAAGCAGAUAAAAAAAUUGAAGCAAGUCUAAGGCAAGCCGAAUUACAACCAGAAAAAAGACGUAUGGCCCAACAAAUUCGUUUAAUGAAACUUAAAGGGAAAGCAUUGGGUGAUAAUAAAAUACCAGUGGUUGACAGAGUUUAUUUUACUAUUCAUCCACCUAUGAAAGAUAAUAAAGUUAUUUCACCUGUGCCCUUAUUCACUAGUAAGACCUGGACAGUUGGCAGAACAAUAGAUUUAUUUGCAGUUCGUUUGAAAAUCGAAAACCGUAAUGAUAAAAGUAACACUCCUAAACUGCGUAUAUUCAAACUAGAAGAUGGUGAACAUUUAUCAAAUCAAAUGGAUCGUGUAAUAGGUCGUAUGGUUACUGAUGGAUUAAUAUUUAAUGGAGAUUCAUUAAUUCUUCAUUAUGUUGAUGCUACAAAGAAUCCUAUUGAAAUAGAACCAGAAAAAUUAGAGGAAUAUAAACUAUCAAGUGUUUAAAUACUUAGCAUAAAUAAAGACAAAUAAUUAUGUUUUUUGUGUUCAUAUACAUUUUGUUGUACACGUUGAUAAAAAUUGUUUAUUACUAUAGUAAUAAAUCAUUUUUUGUUUAACUAUAGUAUAUGUUUCUAUGGGUUCUGUAACUUACAAUUUAAAUGACUGUACUUAUUUUAUAUUAUAGAAAAACAAUUAAUAUAGGAUAUUUUCAAAUUAA